AGGCGUGCGGGGCAGCCUGCCACCCAGCAGCACCAAACACCCUGUUCCUUCCCUCCGCCGAGUCGUGUGCCCCUGUUCCCCGCAAUGUUGUGCUACCACACAGUUGGCUGUUCGUGUUCUCCGCAAGCAAUUUCUCCGUGCUGCUACGUGCCGCUACGUGCCUUCCUCUUUCCACGUGUCUCCCGAGUUUUAUUCCGCCCUGAAGAACUUCAUUCUUCGGUCGCUCCCAGUCCCGCAAACUGCAGACGCCCUACCCAGACAUCACCAUGUUGCCGCCACCUCUCUUCGCCGCCCUCCGUCGGCCUCUGUCUGAAGCCCUCGGUCGGCCGCCAGUGCAACCCGUUUCCUUUCGCCGACAACUACGGAACCGCGAACGUGUCGCCGUCAGCCAGAAGCGUUCCGUCAGCACCGGGCUUUUCAGGCGCAAGUCCGAAUCAUCACGGUCAUCAGCCUCACGGCUCGCACAAGCCGCACGAUCCAGACAGUUGGCACCGCCCAGACCUCCCGAUCCGUAUAAGAAAUACUGCGAUAGGCUCAUCAAACGUCUGCUGCCCUUCCAUGUCCAGCCGCCGCCAGCUAAAGGCAGGUCCAAGUGGCGUCGCAUCCUCAUGAUGCAACGAAUUCGGGCCCGCAGAACGAACCGUCAGCGAAGGCGGGAGAGGCGGAAGACUGAAAUGCUCCGCGAGCAACCCUACCAGGUGUCUCGCUUGGUUCUCGACCUUGACGCCAUCGACUGCCCCGGCGUCCGUCCUUACUCCCUGCAGGACGAGAUCGAGCAGAGGGACCUCUGGGGUACCAACCCUGAGAUGGACGCCCUGUUCCAGCGCAUGGUGCGGGUCAAGGAGGAGAUCCGGGUAUCCAAAAUGAAGUGGCAAGCAGAAGUUCGACAGUAUGACCCCAAGCGCAUCACGGAGCGGGAUGUCCUGGCCGUGGCCUUUUUCGGCGCCCCUCACGACUCGGACGUGACCGGCAAUGCUCAAGUGGCUGCACAAGCGCCCCCACUUGGCUAUGUGACGAGAGGUCUUCUCGACUCCAUGGGCGUCACUGAUCGCAUUGCCGAUGAUGUCCACCACACGGUCCACAUGCUGCUCCGCCGGUUGAGAGAGCAACCCUCGUUGACGGUGCCCAGCGAACCUUUUCGGGAAUUUGCCGAUACUCUCGGGAAAACGGAGGACGUUGCACUUGUCGAACGAAUUGUAGCGCCCCUUCUCCAGACAGGUUGGGGCCGCGCCAUGGUAUCAAGGUGCCGAGAUGAAAUCGUCGGGGCCUGCGUUAGAGCCAACCGCCUGGUCCUUGACGACGGAGCAUGGAGGGUUUACCGGUUCCUCAAGAGCUUGUCGGCGGGUCUGGCGGCAAACGGCCUCAAGUUCGACCUCGCGUCUAGCGCUGCGGUUCGCCAGCUUGAAGAUCGUCUAUUUGGCCAGCACCUGGGGCUGCUUCGGGGGCAGCAUGGUGUCCUCGGCCUUCAACAAUGAUGGCAGGUCACGGAAGAGCGAGGGGGAGAGGUGCAAUUUAUGUCACUCGCAAUCCCAGGGUUGUAUACCGUGUAAGACCAGCCAUCUGUCGUUCUCUUCAGAUAGGAAUCCUGGUUUUUCUUCUUUUCUUAACGUUGUCCACCUUCCCCUCGUCGGCUGCGGUGGCGUGGCUCUGAGGUUGAC